AUCCGACUUGUUAACGGCAUCAACGAUCGCGAGGGCAGGGUGGAAGUUCUGUACGGGGGUCAGUGGGGUACUAUAUGCAGUGAUGGGUGGGACGUGCUUGAUGCUGCUGUCGUCUGUCGGAUGCACGGUUACAUGGCCGUAAAAGGCACAUCUCAAACACCGACAGACUACGGAGCAGGGUCGGGUUCAAUAUUUCUAAGGGGGGUUCAAUGUGAUGGAAACGAACCAACACUAUCUGCCUGUCAGUUGCAAGGUUGGAACAUCACUGAAUGCAACCACAACGAAGACGCCGCCGUGAUAUGCUUGGGAGAA